GCAGGGCAGGAGCAGCCCCUGGGCAGAGUGGCAGCCCAUCACAGGGUGCAGACGCACAUCAGGGGCCACGUCAUGUCUUUGGACCCACAUGGGCAGAACACGCAAACUUCACGCAGGGCACAGGUGGGCAGUGAGUGCCAGUCUCCCCAUUUUGGUUAAAUUCACUUUUAUUAAGCUGAGAAUGCAGUGGCACCAAUGUGUGUUACACAAAGCCCACCACUCCAUCUCCAUUGCAGCCGGAGCCACAAGACUUAGGGGGCCGAACUAAGAUACCAGCUGGUCACCCCACGAGUCCGUCACCAACUCCAGGCGAGUUUUGGUUGCUUGAGAUGUGCAGGCGAGCAGCUUGGGUUGGAUGAUCGCCACUCACCCCACCCUUCACUCCAGGAACGGGUCACCGACAUCGGGGACGUUGACACAGCGGCCUUGUCGAGCUUGAGAGCACAAUAAAAUUUACAAUGAGCUAAGACAAUAGACGGGCGGUGGGUGCGUCUUCAGGGCCUAUAAAGGGGGCACAGCCCUCCCGUCUGGCACAUUGGUCCUCCACCCGACCAGCUGCUUCACAAUCACCAUGGCCUUCACUGGGAAGUACGAAGUCGAGAGCCAAGAGAACUACGACGACUUCCUCAAGCUCAUCGGCAUCCCGGAUGACGUCAGAGAGAAGGGGCGGGACUUCAAGAUCAUCACCGAAGUCAUUCAAGAUGGCAAGCAGUUCACCUGGUCACAGAUCUACCCCCAGAAAACCAUGACCAACAAGUUCAUCAUUGACCAGGAGAGCGACAUGGAGACCAUGGCAGGGAAGAAGUUCAAAGCAACGGUCACCAUGGAUGGAAGCAAAAUCACAGCUAAAUUCCCCAACUACCUGCACACAGCCGAGGUCCAGGGGGACAAACUCAUCGAGACUUCGACUGCCAGUGGAGCCAAAGGCACGGUGACGAUGAAGAGGAUCAGCAAGAGAAUUUAAAGGGGACAGUGGUGACACGCCCGCCCUAGCAGCUUGGACCUA